AACAACUCAAACAAGCAGCACGACACCGCUCAUAACCCAAACUUCAGAUCUGCACCGUAGCCAGUACUCAUUUGAGGUCUAUAUUUCUGGGAGACGCAUUUCCCCCCCACAUUCAAAAUGUCCGACGAUGGCGACGACUUCAUGCAAGAUUCAGAUGCGGAGGAAUAUGACUUCGAAUAUGAAGAUGAUGGAGAGGAAGAGGACGGGGAUGUCGAUAUCGAAAACAAAUAUUAUAAUGCGAAGCAGAUGAAAUCCGAAUAUCCCGCGGAGGCGAUAGAGGAAUUUCUGGAGGUGCCCAAGCUGGAGCAGGAGAAGGGCGAGUGGGGGUUUAAAGGACUUAAGCAGGCUAUCAAGCUGGAAUUUAAGACUGGGAAAUAUGACGAGGCCGUCGAGCACUACAAGGAGCUCCUCACAUACGUCAAAUCCGCCGUUACGAGGAAUUACUCCGAGAAAUCAAUAAAUAACAUGCUCGACUAUAUCGAGAAGGGAUCCGACGACCCGAAAGCUCGGAAAUGUAUGGAGGACUUCUACUCCCAGACGCUCGAAUCAUUCCAGAGCACCAACAACGAAAGGCUAUGGCUCAAGACAAAUAUCAAGCUCGCGAAGCUAUUCCUCGACCGGAAAGAUUACACAUCUCUCAUGAAGAAGGUGCGAGAGCUUCACAGGGCUUGUGAGAGGGAAGAUGGGACGGACGACCCGAAUAAGGGUACAUACUCGCUAGAAGUCUACGCAAUGGAGAUCCAGAUGUACGCAGAUACCAAGAAUAAUAAGCAGCUAAAGCGCCUGUACGAGAGAGCGCUCAAGGUGCGAUCAGCUGUUCCGCAUCCCAAGAUCAUGGGAAUCAUCCGAGAAUGCGGGGGGAAGAUGCACAUGAGCGAGGAGAACUGGAAGGACGCGCAGAGCGACUUCUUCGAGUCGUUCCGAAACUACGAUGAAGCCGGGUCUCUGCAGAGGAUCCAAGUUCUGAAAUAUCUCGUCCUCACGACCAUGCUGAUGAAGUCGGACAUCAACCCCUUCGAAUCGCAAGAGACCAAGCCGUACAAAGGCGAUGCGAGAAUCGCCGCCAUGACAGACUUGGUAGACGCCUACCAGCGGGACGACAUCCAAAAAUACGAAUCCGUCCUGCAAACCAACACCGACCUUCUCGCCGACCCCUUCAUCGCCGAAAACAUCGACGAAGUAACGCGCAACAUGCGCACCAAAGCAGUCCUCAAGCUCAUCGCGCCCUACACCCGCUUCCGCCUCUCCUUCAUCUCCAAACAACUCUCCAUCUCCAUCCCCGAAGUCCAAGACAUCCUCGGCUUCCUAAUCGUCGACAAGAAAGUGCGCGGCCGCAUCAACCAGCACGCGGGCACGAUGGAGAUCGACGACGCCACGGACGAGGAGCGCCUGCUCGCGAUGCAGAAAUGGAGCACAGCUGUCACGUCCCUGUACCAGACGGUGUUUAGGGACGGAGAGGGCUUCAAGGCGCCACAGAACGCGGAUAUGGGAUUAGCGGACGAUCAGGUGGAGAUGGUGCCGUCGGUGCUGGGGAGGGGGGCCGCGGUGAGGAACACGGGCCAGAAGAGGGGACCGGCGUUCCAGGGACGGGGGAAAGGAGGCGUUUUUGCAUGA